UAAAAGGCAGAAAAGAGAGAAGAGAGGCAGGAUAUUUUUUUUUAAAGUAGCCCUAGUAGGCCUACACCAUUGAGAUACUGCACUUGAAGAGUUGGAAGAGACGGGCUGCUGUAGGUCGCAGUUUUGUGCUCCACUUAAAAACGUAGAUCGCUUCCAACGCACAAGAUAGGCGACUCACUGCUGGUGUUUUGAUAAUACUUUUAUGCUAGCGUACAUAAAUAUUUGUUGAAAGUUGGCAAGUGGCUAGAUAAAACUUACCCAGGGAAGAUUCAACGCUGUUAUUUUGUGACUAGAUCUAAAGUCUGAUUCAACUUUAGAUCGAGAUUCAACAUUUUUUAUGUGCCUUUUUUUUCCAUUGGACUUAAAUAUUCAGACGACACAGUCAAGAGAGAUCAUCUCAUUAAUGAAUUGAAUCAUCUGAAUCGGUACACUUAAAUCACACGGACGUGUACUGUGAUUGGUCACGGCUGAUGAAAAAGCAUCAUGGGACAGAAGCACUCAAAAGAAGAGCACAGUGUGCAAGUUGUCAAUAUUAAACGUAGAGAGGAGUCUCUGAAUGUCUACCCUGAUAGUAUUGUAAAUCCCCCUGACAGACCAGUGAGCAGUGCUGUAGACUCCAGUAGUCCGACUAAAGCUGAAGCUACCAAAGUGAGCGACAACAUGAUAGAAGUCGUAGCAGGUGACGUUAGCGAUUUCACAGAUGGAGAAACAAAAGAAGUGGAUGUAGCAGAACAGAAAGUGUUACUUGUGAAAGAAGAUGGUCAGUUUUAUGCUAUUGGAAAUAAGUGUUCUCACUACGGAGCUCCUUUAAACAAAGGUGCAUAUUGCAAAGGUGUUGUUAGAUGCCCAUGGCAUGGUGCCUGCUUUAACAUCAAGACUGGAGACAUUGAAGAUUUCCCUGGGCUGGACAGUGUUCCAAAGUUCCCUGUUGAAAUCAGAGAUGGUAAAGUUGUGAUCAAGGCUGACCAGGCUGCGUUAGCAAGUGCCAAGAGGGUGAAACCCAUGGUGAAAAAAGCUGCAGACAAUAACAAAUCAGUGGUUCUAAUUGGUGGAGGCCCAGCAAAUGUUGUUUGUGCUGAGACAUUGAGGCAGGAAGGUUUUACUGGUAAAAUUGUGAUAGUGUCCAAAGAAAAUUGCUUACCAUACGACAGAAUUAAACUUAGCAAGGCAAUGAGUAUUAAACCUGAAGAGAUUGCUCUUAGAAGUCAUCAGUUUUAUGAUGAACAUGACAUAGAAAUACUUUUAUCAAAAGAGGUAACAAAAGUUUUGCCAGAGGAUAAAAAGAUAGAACUAAAUGAUGGCAGUGAAUUGAAGUAUGACUCUCUGGUGAUUGCUACAGGUGGACAACCUCGACAGCUGCCUAUUCCAGGCUCAGAUUUGAAAAAUGUCUACUCAUUAAGGACACCACAUGAUGCUAACUCUAUUGCUGAGAAUGCACAGGGCAAGAAUGUCGUCAUAAUGGGUUCCUCAUUCAUUGGCAUGGAGGUGGCAGCAUUUCUUGCUGAUAAGGCAGCCAGUGUGUCUGUGGUGGACUUGGUUCGUGUCCCAUUCCAACUGACCCUGGGGGAAGAACUUGGGUCAUACAUGAAACAGAUGCAUGAAAGUAAGGGAGUGAAGUUCUAUUUUGAGACCAGUGUGAAAGAGUUCAAUGGUGAGGAUGGACAGCUGAAAGAAGCUGUUCUUGCUAAUGGAACCGUCUUGCCUGCAGAUGUUUGUAUAAUGGGAGUUGGUGUUGUACCAGCUACUGGAUUUCUUAAAGAAUCAGGCAUUGAACUGACAGCCAGAGGAUUUGUCACAGUAAACAAGAAUAUGAAGACCAACAUUGAGGAUGUCUACGCAGCUGGUGACAUUGUAGAGUUUCCACUGUUCACAGCUGAUGGCCAGCAAGUCAAUAUUCAACAUUGGCAGAUGGCACAUCAACAUGGUAGAAUAGCAGGUCUCAGUAUUGCUGGUAAGCCUCAAGAUAUCAGAAGUGUUCCAUAUUUCUGGACUGUUCAGUAUGGCAAAAGUAUCAGAUAUACAGGUUAUGGGUUUGGUUAUGAUGACAUUGUAUUACAUGGUGAUGUAGAGGAGAACAAAUUUGUGGCUUACUACACCAAAAAUGAUCAGGUGGUUGCAGUGGCCAGCCUUGGAUGGGAUCCCAUAGUCUCCCAGGCAGCAGAGCUGAUGUCUAAAGGAGGAACUAUUAGCAAGGAGGAAAUCAAAGAGCAACCAGAUAGCUGGGUGUCAAGACUGAAGUCUUAUUAACUAAACUGAUUUUGUUGCUGAAAGACAGACUUCUUUAUGUAAUAAGUUUAGCUGUUCUUUGUUUUCUUUGAUUACUGCCUGAAUUAGAAAUGUGAAGGGUUAUACAGUUUUAUGAAUCAAUUUUCUUGCUCUUUUACACAGGAAACUUCUCUCCUGGUUUGUAUUCUGAACAAGUUUUUUUUUGUUAUGGUUGGAGAUGGCCUACUAAUACUUAAAACAAUUGUAAAACAAAACCAUUGAGAUAAAAACUUAAAAGCAGCUUUGGUAAUUAAAAGGGAACAAUUAAUGACCUUAACCAAUGUAAUAGAAGAUAAAUUCUGUUGACAUGUGCUUAGUAAAAAAAAAAAAUGACUACAAUAAGAUUGAUAUGAAAUGAACAUUUUCUGUGAUUUUUUUUUCUUGGUUGAUAUUUUGUCUAAAUUAUCUGGAGUUUCAGUGUAAAACAACACUUCAGCCAACAUGAAUUGCUUUUGUCCAAGAGUACUCACUAUCUCUUAAAAACUGCAUCACCCCAGAUAGUGUUAGUACAUUAAUAAGUAGUACACUAAUAAUAAUGGCAGAAUUUAAGUGAUUGGUUAAUAUGCAUGACACGUAGGACGUAAUUAUCUUCUUUUUUGAAGUAACGUCUGUAUUAUGUAAGAAGAUAAGAGAAGAAUAAGAAUGUUUCCUUAAGUAGUGAUUAGUGACGAGGUUUCAUUGUCAGCCAAACAAGUGAAUGAAACUGUAUACAUCAUUUAAAGAAGAAAUAAAAUAAGCAUUUACUCCAUUAUGUUGUUACAACAUUUCAACAUAUUUUUUCAUUUUUGUAAUUCUCAAUGUUAUACUUGUUUUGCCUUUGCAGACGUGUUUAAUUUUUUUAGAUUAAAAUUUGUGAUUAAAAUUUGAGUACAAAUAAUUUCCAGCGUCAAAGUUUAUAAAGUUCUGUUAUUGGUGGACACGUAUAGAGUUGUAUUCGAUAUACGAGUCCAGUACAAACUAAAUAUCUCUGUAACUGAAAUGGUUAAUGUCAGAUAUUCUGGAAUGUAACAAAACAAGUUUUAGCUAUUUAAUUGUGCUCUCUUUUUAUUGGCCAGAUUUACCCCACUUUUUUGUGUGUGUAACAUGACAUUGUUUGCAGUUAGCUUGAUGUGUGAUAAGUAGACACUACAGUACAAACUGAUUAGUUCUACUUCAUGUUAAGCUUUUUGUCUUGUGACUUAAUGCUAAAGUAUCUUAUCUUGUAUAUUAGAUCUUUUCUUUAAAGAAGGUAGUUACAUAUACAUUGGAGUAUUCUGUUUUUUUAGUUUACUUUUUUUCCCCCCUUAUUUCGGACAGUUGAUUAUUAGUCUGGUGUUGUGCCAUAUUUUGCUGUUAAUGUGUGGUUCCUGCUACCAUCCAACCCUUAGUGCACUAGUAACGACCAUUUUUUUAUCUCUGUAACUUGAACAUCAAUUGUUCUAAAUUCAAAAAUUGAAAUUGCCAGUCUGGCAUGCAUUCUUAAAAGUAAAAUGAAAUACAAUCUUGGGACCAUUGUGCCUGCAUGUGUAAAUCUCAAUUCUAUAGCAAUGUAUGAAAGCACUAUAUCUAAUUAUCAAUACAGUAUCAUAAAUUGUUGUAUUAAUGUUGUGCAAGCCAGAUUUUACAUAUAUAUAAUGCCAUUUACAUCCUACAAUGACCAGGUUGUAUUUGUUUUUUAUUUCUUCUGUUUGUUUUGUAUGGUCCUGUCGUUAACAUAUUUUAAUCUGAUAUGUUAACUUUUUUUUUUAAGUGAAAGCUUUAAUUUAUGUUACUCAUAAUUUCAUGCCAUUAAAUAAUCUUAUAUUAUUUACAUGUAAUUUAGGAUAAAUUGGUGGUUUUUCAGCCAUGUUAAUUGUAUUUUAAGCUGAUCAUUUUUUUCUCUACAUAACCACUCUAGUAAGGAGAAAGUUAAGUCAACUUUCACUUUUAAUAACAGCAUUGCCUGUAUAGGAUUAGUGUGCAGUAACUAGCCAUGAAACAUGCAAGGACUGGAACAACUAGAAAACUUCUAUGGCAGGAAUACAACAUAGUUGGAGAGUGAGUAGCAUACUCAGCUGCUGAACAGUGUUCCCAGCUAGGUUUUAGCUAGGUUUUAGUUCUAGUUGAGCAUUAAGGUAUUUUUUUUUAUGAAAUCUCCUAGCAAACAUUGACUUACAUUAUGAAAUUUAAAAAAGAAAAAGAAAAAAUUUACUAAGUUUAGCAUAACAUCAAAAUGACUCUCCAAGACGCCAGAUUCUUUGGUUGUAAUUGUAUUGGUUUAUCAAUUGAACUAUUAUAUAAUGAUUGGCCAGUUCAUGAUUUAAAAAAACACUCCAUUAGAAUGUGUAGGAAGUGAUAUUGCACUGUGCAGUCUGUCACUUGCCUUUAUAUCUUGUAUAUUCAUAAAAUGUUUCAAUUCUUGAAUUUAUUGAAUAAAAGUUCAUGGUUUAAUUA